AUGGCGGAUCCCAGCAUGGUCGACCCUCUGUCCAUCUCUCAACAGGCUGGCCCUUCAAGCCGGAAAAGUGUCACAGCUGCUCCUAUACUGCCUCAAGAAAGUGUGGCCGCUCCGCCUGCGCCAGAUGAGCUGACUACAGAAGCUUUGCAUCAGGCAUUCGUCUCUGGCAUGCCUGCAAGCAAACGGAGAGCUGUGAGACCACCGAUCCAAGCCCAGCUGCCGCCUUCCACCUCGGCCUUGGCAGAUCACGCCACCAUCGAAUCCAACAAGCGCAAGGGCGCUGUGCUACAUUUUGCUCCGGAGAAUCGACGUAUCAGGCGCUACGAUUUACCAGAAGGGUACAAUGAUGAGGAGGUGUAUCGGGGUCUUGAUGAUUAUGUGAAUGCUUCUCGCGCCCGAAGAAGAGCCGCACGACGCAGUGGAAGGCGCGUGGAGGGCCCCUCUCGGCGCAGAAGAAGUCGGAGUAGAAGUCGAGCUAGCAGUGCAGACUCCAAUAGCGAUAGAAGUAGCAACAGCAGCUCGUCCAGCUCAAGCAGUAGCAGUUCCAGCAGCGGAAGCAGCUCGAGCAGCUCGUCGAACAGCGAGAGAGAUGGUCGACUCACCCUCGCUCGUCUGCGAGCAUUCUUUGGUGAUGACAGUAGUAGCAGUAGCAGCAGCAGUAGCAGCAGUAGCAGCAGCAGCAGCGAUAGCAGUGAUGGAAGCAGCACUUCUUCUUUCAGCAGCAACAGCUCAAAUAGCUCAUCAAACAGCGCUAGCUCACGGCGUUCCAGACAUUCCACGCUUCAUCGAGGCGAGUCCACUGGACGUGCAAGCCCAUCUGCUCAGAGCGACUCCUCGAGCCGCAGCCGGUCGAGCAAUCGAUCGAGGCGAAGCGCAGCUAGCGCUUCCAGCGCUGCAAGCCGCCACACCAGUCGGUCCUUACACAGUCAGAUUUCGGCGACGUCGGGACCACUGGCGCGGUUUCGAAGAAGGCAGCGGAAGCCAAGCAUAUCUGUAUCUAUAA